AUGCUUUUGUUUGGGUUUGGUGUUCGUUUGCACUAGGGCUGUGCAAGUGUUGUUGGGUUAUGUUUUGUUUUGUGUUUUGCUAAAAAUUUAUUUUAAUAAUUUAUUCCGUGUAAUAGUGAUAUACCGAAAUCAUAUAUUUACAGAAAGUUCGUCGGAGUAUUAGAAGUUUGGUUAAUUCUCGUAUUUAACGUUUUCUUAUUUCAGUUUUUUGAUUGUGUUUAACUUGUUGCUCAGGUAUUACUUAUGUUGAGUUUUUGUUUGAAAACUAUAACAAUUUGAAAUGGAAGAAAUAUACAUGAAAGGAUUUGUAGGGCGACGAGCCUGGUGCAGUGAAAAAGUUCAUUUGAAAUCUUAUUUUGAAAAAUAUUCUGACACUUUAUGUGAAGUAGCUAACAAAAGAAUAUCAGAAAUCGAUAUUUUGCAACAAUUUGUCCCGCAAUCGAAUCAACUAUCACAAGAAGAAUUAUUCAAAUUAAUUGAUAUCAUGACAGGCGAACAACUAACUACUCUGCUUGAUGAAGAUGUACUAAAAAAGAAAAUAAUAAGCUCAAAAAAGAAUACUAAGCCAUCAACAAGUUCUGUAGCAGAUGAAGCUAAUCCUAGCUCAUCUUUUUCUAAGGGAAGCUAUCAAUGGCAAAGGCAAGACAGACUCAGAAGUGACAAGUUUCAAGUUGUCAGGCGGGAGGUUGUAUUGGAUGCUACUGAGAAAGUAGGACCAAAAAACCUAUUGCCUAACAGGGAUUUCAUGGUUUCUUUCCGCAUCCACGAUCCCUUCAGUCACACAGUCGGGGAUAACUCAAGACCAGGCAGCUGCUCCCAGCAGAUCAAUGUACUGGGUCAACAGUUUCUCACAGCACUCAAGGACAAGAUCGUAUGUGAGUCGGACUUCCAAGACACGCGGGGGGAUGUCAGUGAACAGCCUGAUGCUCCAGUCACCCUACGUGCAAGGGAAUUGUACGAGUCUAGUAUGUUCUACUUUGACAACACUUUUUACAUUGACACCCGCAACAAUGAGAAUGUCGACUACAGCAAAACUAUUAAGGAGUGGGGAACUAAGAGAGGCAUUUUGUUUGGAGGCACCAAGCAAAUGGAGCGUACACUAGUGGAGGACCUGGAGAUCAGAUUCGGCUACCCGUAUCUCUACUUACACCAGGGUUGCUGUGAGCAUGUCGUCAUUAUCAACGAUGCCAGAUUGCUGACACCCAAAGAUUCUCUGUUUGGAUUUGACUAUCCCCUAAUGACCAAAGUGUCGCACAAAAACUUAAUUCACUGCAUGACUUGUUCACGUUUCCCUGCCAAGUGGAUUGUGCGAGGCAGUGAUCGCUUGGCGCAUGACCCGACCUAUCAAUGUAAGACCUGCUUCAAAUUGCUGCACUAUAAAAACGGCAAGAAAAUAGGCAAAUUCACAGCCUACCAGUAUUGGCAGCGCAGCACCAUUCUGUGAUUGUGGUUAGCGAAGUUGCACUACAAGAUUUAAAAGAGAUAUUUUAUUGAAGAUUGCAUUAAGCUGUGUAUAGUGUAUCAUAUUACAAUUUAUGUAAUCCAGAUACCAUACUUGUUGGGCAACACUACACUUAAGAAAUCAUGACUUUUCAUCAUGAAACGGGUCAAGAACUAUAAAAACAUUUGAUUUUAUGAGCUAACAGACAGGGAGGUGUACCAAGGGGUAUAUGAUAGUCUAACCUCCCUCCCCCAAUUCCAGUUUUCCUUACAAGUAUUUUACAAAAAAAAACAUUCUUAAUUUUAAGGAUAAUGUUUACAUACAUACUAUCAUUGAUUAUUUUAUUCUCAAUAAUAUACAUAUGCUCUUAAUAAAUUGCAUAAAGUAAUACCCCCUCCCACCAAUAAAUUUCCAGGCCUGUUGCUGAUAUCUGAUAUAUAUUUCUUUUAAACAAUUAAUUUUCUUUAAAAGUGACAAUGUGGCUGUAGUAAAAUUCCUAGAUUACCUAUAUCUUGUCAUUUAGUGUGUAAAGGGUGUGUUCUUUGUUUUAUUCUAAUUUUGGAAUUUGAUAAUCCGCUCUUAUAAUUUUUUACCUGAUGGCUUUGAUACUUAACUUCUCAGUGAUGACAAUUUAUUAACUCAAGCCUGCUUAAUAACUUGUAAGAGAGUUGUCCAAAAUCCCAAAUGUAUUGGGUGGUUAAUAUUUGACUCACCAUCAUAUUUUCAUUUUUGUAGAUUAUUAACUUAACAAGACAAUUUUAAUAAUGUUUUAAUUUAUAUUUUUUAUUCUUUUUAUAUAUUUUUUUAAACAGCUUAUAUGUUAUUAUUUAAAACUAUGGAACAUUUAUUGUGAUUAAUUUGUUAACAUAUUAGUCUCAUUACUUUUAAACUGACAUUUUGUAAUUUGUUGUAAAUUUUGUGAAUAAACAUUUAUACUAUUUGUUUUAAA